AGAAAAUACAAUUUUAAUGGUUUAUUUUUUGUUCACUAAGUGUAUUCAUUUCAAUUGAAUGUAUUAUAUAAAUGGAAAGUACUUCUGGAACAAAAUUCUCAUUCGAUACAUAAAUGAAUAUGGUGAAUACGAGAAGUCAGUUUUGUCUAAGUUGCCGUCAAUUAUUAUUGCUUUUCUUGGUAUCAGUCUAUUCGUACAUGGUUUUCUAUUGAAUCGAUCUGAGCUAAAUAAUGAAGCGAAUUCAGAACUGAAAUUGUCAGUGAAGUAUCCUUCAAAGGUUGUUAAAAAUCAUAGAAUUAUCCUUCUGCUUGUCGAUGCAUUGGCUUAUGAAUUUAUACAAGACAAUAAUAAUCACAACCAACUACUUGGUCAUUUUUCUCCAAAUUUUCAAAAUCCCUAUCGUUCACUACUUCACAGUUUAUCUGAAGCCGUAUUUAUUGGAAAGUUUAUCGCAGAUCCACCAACAACUACGUUACAACGUUUGAAAGCUCUAAUGACAGGUAGUAUGCCAACAUUCAUCGAUGCAGGUUCGAAUUUCGGCGGAAACAAAGUUCUGGAAGAUAGUUUAUUAAGACAAUGGAAUAAGGCUGGUAAACAAAUUCGAUUUGUUGGUGAUGAAACUUGGAUUGAUUUGUUUCCUGACUAGUAUGUUUUUUGAUGUUAAAUAUCUGUGUGUCUAAUAGUAGUGAUGAAGUUCUUGAUGAAGCGUGUGACAACCAUAAUCCCAACAUUUCAAAAGUAAUAAUAAGAC